AUGGAUUAAGAAAAUUUGUAAGCUUAGAAUGAGCUUAUCGAUUUAGAAGCUUGCUUACCUAAAAUGAUAGAAUAAUUUUCUAUUAGUAUUGAUAAAGAAUAUGUUAUUAGUAAUUUUUAGAUGAGAGUUUAAGAUGAUGGUAUUACAAUAUGUGAUUAAAAAGGAUUAAUUUAUGAAUUGAAUACAGGUUAAUAAGAUUUUUUUGAGCAUUGUAAAGAUAAGUUAGUGACUAUUUCGUAAGGUAUUGUAAAACCAGAGUUUGAAACUAAUACUUAAAAAUUGAUAUUCACGAUGUUUGCAUAAGAUAUCUAAUUGAGUCCAAAUUAAGAAGAUUUGAUUGGAGAAUCUAGCUAUUAAAGCAAUGAACCAGUUAAUGCAAGAUUUAAAAUCUUUGAUAUGGAAAAUAACAAAAAAAAAUAAGAAAUUUAUGAAAAAUCUUUUAUCAUCAAAAAACAAUUAGUUAAAAAACACUCAUAAAAUUUGAUUAUGCAGCAAGGAAAUGACAUAUGGAUUUCCCUUACUUAAUCAUAUAAGAUAUAAUAAUUCCAAGUUUAAGAAGAAUAAGCUAGACAAUAAUAAAAGCUACUAUAAGAACAGCACAAAAAGCAAGCUUAAAAGAAAGAGCAGGUCCCUCUCGAAAAAGAAGACAUUGAAGAUGAAAAGAAAUAGUCAUUUAAAACUCCUUCUAAAAAAGGAAAAACUCCUUUGAAGUCUUUAAAUAAAUAAGAUGAAGAGGCAGUAGCACCUUAAUCAAAUAAAAAGAGCUAAAAACGUAUAAAAUAUUAAGAAGAUGUAGAGGUUAAUUAGUAAAUUUCUGAUAAUAAGCCAAUUUAAAUGGAAAUUGAGCAAGCAGAAUCUGGUGAUAAUAAAGAAGAACUAGCAGCAGAAGGAGCUGUUUCUGUUGCUAAGGAGAAAAAAACAGAAAUUAAAUAACAUUUAAUUUAAAAUCAAAGAAAAAAUUUACAAGAAAUAUAUGAAAAAGAAAAAUAAGCUAAAAAGUAAGUUAACAAAAAAAGAAUUGUGUAAAUGGAAGAUAUUGAAUAUGAGGAAGAAGAUAUAGAUGAUGAGUCAGAUGAAGAAAAUGAAUAAAAUAACUAAGAUGAUGAAGAAAUAGAAGAAGAGGAAUAAGAAGCUUUUGUAAACAAGCAACCUGUGAAAUAAAAAGAUUCAGAACUUAAAUAAACUGAUAUAAGAAUUGAUGAAAAAAAUACUAUAGAAGAGAAGUAAAAUAAAAAGUCAAUUUUGAAAGUUGCUAAUGCAGAAAAAUAAAGUGAAAUAAUAAAAUCCUUAAAGAAAAAAUCAAUUUAGAAGGCAAAAGAAGCAGAAGAAAUUGAAAUUAGUGAAUAAAUGAAAGCUUAAUUACAAAAAUAAUAGGAAUAUAAAUAAAAGCUAGAUAAAUUGUAAAAGUUUGUCUUGAAAAGAGAGUUUUUAUAUUAUGUAUAAGACUUUUAGAAGAAACCUUAGGUAAGAAAUGCAGUACUGCCUAGAGAUCCAAAUGAUAAGGAAAAAAUGAAGUAGUAUUCUUUAAAAGUUGUAAAACAUUUGGAAUCACAAUAUAAAUGA